CUUCCACCCCCGGCCCCGCCCUCUCCGCCUCGGCUCUAUCCAUCCAUCCUCCAUGGUCUCCUUAAAUCCGAUCGACCAGCACCAGCACUAGCACUACCUCACUCGCCCCACACUCCCUUUCUUCAUACCGCGCCCACCCACCCGCUUCAUUCCUCGCUCGCAACCAACCACUAAAGGACACUCUGCGACUGUGGUGUGAUUUCUUGGUGAGCGUUCGGAGCGAGCUCGCGUCUACCUUUCAUGGUUCUUGAGAAGCCGGAUCGAUCUUCUCCCAGAUUUGCAGUGGCGGAGAGAAGAGUUUCAGUUAGAGGAUUGGUCGAUAUUUGGAGCGGAAAUCUGAAUCUUGUCUGCCUCUGAGCUUCAUCUCUGAGUCUGAGGAGAUCUCUGGCGAAAUUUUUGGGAUCUUGUUCGAGGAGGGUACGAGAGAAGCUUCUGUUCCUGGGACUCUUAGCUCUGGGCAUUGGCCAUCAAGUCUGGUAUACCAGUGGUCGCGCACCGUGGUUGGUUACUUUAGGCUUGCGACGAAUCUAAGGAUGACUCUGCGGAGCAUACUUCGUGAUUUCAGGGAGAGCUUUGGGAACUUAUCAAGGCGGAAUUUUGAGGCAAAAAUUUCAAGCAUACCGGGCCUUUCGGACCAUCACGGAGGGAAAUCUGUCGAGUCUCCAAAUGAGCUGCAGGAUAGUUGGGCUAGCCUUCCUCCUGAAUUACUUCGCGAUGUGAUGAAAAGGUUGGAGCAAGAUGAUAGCAACUGGCCAUCCCGCAAGGAUGUUGUUGCUUGCGCUUCUGUUUGCACAACUUGGAGAGAGAUGUGCAAGGAUAUAGUGAGAAAUCCUGAAUUUUGUGGAAAGCUCACGUUUCCCGUAUCUCUUAAGCAGCCUGGACCUCGAGAUGGAUUGAUCCAAUGUUUCAUAAAAAGGGACAAGUCAAAGCUAACUUAUCAUCUCUACCUGUCCCUUACCUCUGCUGUGCUAGAUGAUAAUGGGAAGUUCCUACUAUCAGCCAAAAGGAGUCGGCGGACGACAUACACCGAUUACGCCAUUUCUAUGGAUUCUAAGAACAUCUCCAGAUCAAGUAGUGGCUACAUUGGAAGGCUGAGGUCAAAUUUCCUCGGCACCAAAUUCGUCAUCUACGACACGCAGCCACCAUACAAUGCUCGGACACUGUGCUCGCAUGACCAGAACAGCCGGCGAUUCUCCUCUAGGAAAGUCUCCCCGAAGGUCCCCACCGGCAGCUUCCCCAUCGCUCAGGUAAACUACGAGCUGAACGUGCUGGGCACCCGCGGACCGAGGCGGAUGCAGUGUACCAUGCAUUCCAUCCCGACAACAGCGGUAGACCCUGACGGCGUCGUGCCUGGCCAACCUAAAGAGCUCCUCCCUCGGUUAUUCGAGGAGUCCUUCCGCACAUCUGCGAGCUCCUUCUCCAAGUACUCUGUAGCGGAUCACUCCAUGGACUUCAGCAGCUCUCGCUUCUCCGAGUUCGGACUGCAAGACGGACACGACGUGGGGGAGAAGGAUAUGCCUUUGGUUCUCCGAAACAAGUCGCCGAGGUGGCAUGAGCAGCUGCAGUGCUGGUGCCUCAACUUCCGGGGCCGCGUCACGGUGGCCUCGGUAAAGAACUUCCAGCUGAUAGCCGCCCCACCACUGCCGGCUGCUACAGGAGCAGUGGCGGCUUCCGAGCCACCCUCGCUGCCUCCCCAGCAGCCUGUGCAGCCCCAGCCUUCCACUUCAUCGCCGUCUUCAUCGUCAUCCAAUCAUGACACGGUGCUCCUGCAGUUCGGGAAGGUAUCCAAGGACACCUUCACGAUGGACUACCGGUACCCGCUGUCUGCCUUCCAGGCAUUUGCCAUCUGCCUGACCAGCUUCGACACCAAGCUGGCUUGUGAAUAGAUGUGAGUAGAAUAGUAGCAAUCUUUCAUAGUGGCCACUAUGUUGAGAUUCUGAACCUGUCUUGGAAUGUAUGAAUCCAUCAAGCACAGGAGCAUAAUUCUCUGCCAGAUACUGUUACUUCAGUUUAUAUGCAGGGUUGAGGUGAACUGGUGAAGAUGUCCGUAGGCUGUAGCUAGUUAUGAGACAAGAUGGAAAAGCUUCUAUUAUGUGGUUGAUUGCUUAUGCUUGCAUGUUGCCUGGGCUAUGACAUCAAAUGUGAAUAUGUUGAGCUACCGUAA